AUGCUCUGGAGCAAAACCAAAGAUCUGGUCCACAAGUACACAAGUGAGAAUAAGGAUUGUUUCACCCUGGAAGACACUCUGUUGGGAUAUUGCCUGGAUGGACAGACAUGGUGUGGAAAGGAAGGCAGCGAUGAAACCUUCACUUCUGGCUGCCCUGGGUGGGAAGACUGUGUGAACAGCCCUGUUAGGUCAUUUUGGAACAGAGCUUCUGCUGGAUUUGCAGAUCAUGCCUGUGGAGUAGCCUCAGUAAUGCUGGAUGGAUCACUGGAAAAACCAUUCGAUCCCACCAGUACAUUCGCAAGGAUUGAGAUAAACAGACUCAGAGCCCCUAAAGUGACGCGUCUGAAUGUGAUUCUGGUCGCUGGAGAGAA